UUAACAGACAUGUAUGUACAAUUGUUUCUUCGGAAGAAGAUAAAUCAAAACGUCAGAAAGGAUUACGGGGUUUCCUUCGAAAACAACAUUAUCCUCGAUAGAUAUCGGGAUAGAAAACGCCUUUAAACGUCUCACAAACAGACCAGAACUAGUCAAUUCUAAGGCGAACAUUGACUAACGUUUCAAGCUGCCGUCGAGCGAACGGAUGGCGGUUAAGAUAGACUAAAAGAUGUGAUAUUUUUGAGUAGAUAGAUUUAUGCUUGUAAACUUUGUAGCCUGCGUUAUAUAAAACCAUAGUUUAAAAACGAACGGUGUUUCUGAGUAAUGUUGGGGUGAUAAUGGUGUCAGCAUAUAAUCUGUGCCUGCGUCAAAUAUUUUAGCUAUAAUUGCAAUAACAGAUCAGCAACCAGUCAUAUCUAGACGAUUAGUGACCAAAACAAGGAAUGUGUAGCAGUGAUGUUGUUACACGACGGAUUUGAUAAGCUUGUCGUUUGCGUCCACAUUCGACAAGCUAUGCUACAAUUUUAAGAGAAACGGGUUUAACGCUCAUGAAGCUAUAACUGGGGAAGCUGUCUGUCAUAACAUCAUGGAGUUUUAUGUUGAUGGUGUUCUGCACAAGAAUAGUAAUAACAGCUACUGGGAUCAACCAGCAUCUAUCAGUAUCCCUGAUGAUACGCAACUUAUUGCUAUAAAAUGCCGGAAUACCGGCGGACCUGCUGGAAUAAAGGUGACAUUGAGUAACGGCAUUGAAACCAGUGCAGAAUGGAAAUGUUAUAAUAAACAUGAGCAAGGAUGGAAUAAACACAGGUUUAAUGACGCUACAUGGCCCAAUGCGCAAGUGGUUAACCAAGAAUGGAUUUGGACAGCUGGAAACAUCAAAGAUGAAACAGUCUAUUGUAGAAAGUUCAUAGCUGACCGUAAAGAUUUCACUUGGAUACCAAGAACUCGAGAACCUGUAAUUUAUACUCUUAGUCAAGAUGUGAUGUUAAACUGGGAAUAUCUAACUGACAAGUUGAUCAACAAAAUCAUCUUCAGUCGAGAACAUAAAAUAACAAACCAUACUAUUAAAAUUGGUAUGUGGACGAGUGAGAAAGGUUUCAAACAAAACAGAGUGGAUCUUUCAACUGAACUGGUACUGAAAAAAAUAUCCAUAAACAACGAAAGUGGAGAAAGGAUCAGCCUUGAAUUAAAACAAACGAUAGAUGAUGAUUUUGAUAAAAUCUACUACUGUCAUGUCUUCUAUGAUGAUCGCAUCUCUUACAAACAAGGUGUUGAACUCGUGGCUGAAAGAUCAGCAUGUAAAGGAGAAAGGCUACAGUACUAUAACAACACAUUAACAUUUACGUGGAUGUAUCAAUAUAGAUACCCGAUUACAGCAGUUAUCUUAUCGAGGAUCGAUAGCGCUGGAAAGAAGGGAGAUGAUCUGGGGUAUUGGUAUCAGAAUAAAUUUGAAAAUGAUCCAUUAUUUAAAGACAGGGUAGUAUUUAACAUAACAGAUCUGGCUGAUAAAAAAAGGAAGAUAACUCUACUUUUAAGUAAUAAAACCCCAGGUGACUUUAAUUUAACAUACAUAUGUAGAGUGAUACCGGCUGAUGGGCAGUUUUGUCAGUGUCAAUUGACAGUUGAUGACGAUGUCAAAGUCGUGGAAACCGAUAAUUCACCAGGUCUGACUUGUCCGGAAAUUACUGGAAUAGUAGUUGGUGUUUCUGUACUUGUUCCCGUGGUAGUCAUUAUAGUUGCUAUUGUAAAACUACGUAAGAAGGAAGCUCGCAAAGGAAAAUUUCGCUUUCUGAUACCAAUGAUACUAAUACCUCUACUAUGUGUGCUUAUUGCAGGAUUAGCAACUUAUUUUCUGUGUAAAAACUCGAAGGGUACUGGAGCAGUUAUUGGUACUCCUGCUGUAUUUGGUUUAGUUCAGCUCAUACUUGAAGUUGUCAUUUGCUACUUGGCUAGCAGGGAAAGCAGACCUCAGAAAUCCAAAAAGUAUCUUGGUGAGUCUCCUGAUGAGCCCCCUGAUAAGCCUCCUCCUUAUGAGCUUCAUUGUUCUAAUUAGCCUUCUCCUUCUUUCUUCUAAUCAGCCGUUUUCUUUUCAUCAGCGUUUUGGAGCUAUGGAUUUAAGACUCAUUUCGCAAUAAUCAAGAUUAUGGAAACUGCUGUAUUUCAUGAAAUCAAUUGUGAACAACUCAGUUUGCCAUUCGGAAAAUCUGCUGUCUAUGGCAAUUUCAAUUGUUUCAAACAUUUUCUUUGAGCCCUUUACUAUUUACUAAUUAAAUCAAAAUGAUUAAGAAAUAUGACAUUUAAACUGAUGUUCUUAACUCAAAAAUUAAAUAUGUUGCCUAUCAAGCUUGUAGUAGAAAAGGACGUAACUACAUAUGUGGGCCUUGUUGUUUCGGGCGAGUCAUGUUGUUUUUAAAAGAUCAUAAAUUAUAGUUGUUUGUUUUUGAACACAUAUUUUGGCUUUUAAAAUAAGUAGUAACAAAGUAUUAAGAGGUUUAUAAGGCGAAGUAAAAUGUUUUGUGAUUGUUUAACUGGAAUUGGGUUAACAGUAUCGUAAUUUGGAAAUUAACACAUAAACAUCCACAAAGUAUUAACGGGUUUAUCUCAUCGCUUUUUGUAUUGUCUAUGUGUAUUACCCCGAUUGUUAGGGAAUUGCCCGAUAUUAAGGGAGGUAUUUUAUAUUGUGUUUUGACGUAGUACCCCAGGAUGCCCCGGAAUUACGGGAGUCAUUUUAUUGGUUAUACUAUAGAUUGAUUGGUUAUACUAUAGAAGAAGGGUUGCGAAUGUGAAGUUUUGUUUUGUGUAUUUUAAGAGAGAUAACCCGUUGUUAGUUUUGAUAAAUUCUUUCAAAAAUGUCUUAUUUAAGACUUGUGAAAUGUGUUCAGAUCAUUCAUUAACCUUUUUCUCUAGGUAAAUAAAACAAUAUGACAAAAUCCUAUUUUAAAUUUUGUUUAUGAAAAUUCUAAUGUAAAUAAUAUUGUAUAAUAGAUCGUUAUUUAAAGUAUGUUCCACGUGCUAAUUUGAUUAUCCAAUUGAGUUCACCCUAUAAUAUAAAGUAGAGGAUAAAACUUGGGUACGGGUGGCAGUUAUAAUAUUUUUCAUCCUGUGCUUUUAUAUUAUGAGGUGAACACAAUUGGCAUAUUAAUUAAUCCUUAAUCAGAACCUUUGAGGUACAUUUUGUAUUGUUAUAAUUGCACUUAUUAUUAUUCCUUUGAUGGUUUCAAAUUAGUUAUUGUUUUUGUUACCUUGUUGUAAAUGAUUUGAUUUCUUGCUAAUACACUGUCAUUACUUACUUGAGAACGACAAGAGCAACUUGUUCAAACUUAGUGGGAAAAAAAUUCAGUCAUUGUUUUCCAAAUAAAUUGUGUUUUAAUAUUUGUUAAAUUUCAAACAGGUAUUUGAUGGUUUUGAAUAGAAAUAAAAAUUUAAGUACAAAAAUGCUAAUAAUAUACAAUUUUUAAAGUAAAAUGUGGCAACUUUGAACAUGUACAACGUCUCCCCGGUUAUUCACAAUAUUUGUUAUGUUUCUUGCAUUUGAUUAUCUAUAACAAAUGAAUUUACUGUUACAUUUUGAUAGAUUUAUUAAAUUUCCAUUAAUUUAUCGAAUGCAAUUUUAUAAACCGUUCAAAGUAACCCCACUUUUAAAGCAAGAUUGAACAUCUAAAUAUUUUUUCUUAAACUUUUAAAAAAAAAAUUUUUUUAAAGUAAACAUUGAUAAAAAUUUUUUUUAAAGUAAAACAUUAAUUUUUUUUUUUUUUUUAAAGCAAAACAUAUUCUUAAUUUGUUGAAUUGUUAAUUCUAUAAGUAUUUUGAUGAAUUAAAGAUUUUCUGAAUGGAAAUUUAUGUAUCGUUCAAAAUUACCCCACAGGUGUGAAAAGAUUGAACACCUUAUUAUGUAAACAGAAUAAUAUCUGAACGAUAUCAUUCCAUCUUGUUCACAAAGCGGGAUUAAUUAAAACAUCCUAAUAUGUCAGC